CAAGUGGACAGUUUACAUUUAGUGAUGGAGAAAGACUGUAGCACAGAGGGGGAAGAGUUUAUUAAGAGGUCAACGGCUGAGACGAUGUCCAGUGAUUCAGUGUCUGUCAAAUGUUCUCCAUCAUCCCCAAACCUUCAGAUGUCGACACCUCGAUCGAUCCCUCUGACCACGAGAAACGCCCACAGUGAUUCUAGUUUUCCAUCAAAAGAAGAAUUUCGAGCUUCAUCUGCACCUUUGAUUCCCAAUCCGUUUCCGGAGCUGUGCAGUCCGAAGCACUCCCCGGUGCAGACCGGAUCUCUCGGCUAUAAAGGCCCCACACAUGUGAUUCGGAUUUUUGGGGACGCCAAACACAGUCGUUCGUUCUUGGUGUCAUCUGAAGUGACAGCACGUAUGGUUUGUCAGAAGUUAGCGCAGAGCAUCCACUGUAUGGACGAGGAGAGCUGGGCCCUCAUAGAACAUCACUCUGCUUUGGGCCUGGAACGCUGUCUGGAAGACCAUGAGCGUGUGGUGAAGGUACAGUCAUCCUGGCCUGAAAACAGCGACACUAAACUGAUCUUCCGCAAAAACUACGCCAAGUACGAGUUCUUCAAUAAACCUUCGUCAUUUUUCCCAGAGCACAUGAUCUGUGAUAGCGCUGAUGUCACUAAAGGCACGACACCAUCAAAGCGGGUGCAGAAUUUGUUGAACUGUGGUACCUGUCCAGAGAUUCAAGACUUUAUCCGUGUGAGAGAGGGUUCGAAAAAAUCCUGGAAGAAACUCUAUUUUGUUUUACGACGGUCUGGACUGUACUGCUCCAACAAAGGGCAAUCAAAGGACCCUCGACACCUGCAGUUUGUCGGAGAUCUGCAAGAUCUGGAUGUGUUUACAGUCUUCAAUGGCCGUAAACUUUACGGGGCUCCAGAACCAUACGUCUUCUGCAUUAAAGCCUCAAAAGACAAGUUUCGCUGUCAGGAUUUGAAGCUGAUGUGUGCCGACAGUGAGCAGAGUCGGACGUGCUGGGUCACAGCCUUCAGAUUGUUUAAGCAUGGGAAUCAUCUCCAGUGUAAUUACCAGCUCGUCCAGUCCAGCGCCCGUCUUCAGAGAUUUCAAGACUCUAAGUUUACAGACAUGGAGUCGUCGAUGGUUGCCAUGGAUUUUUCAGGGAAGAGCGGCGGACGAGUGAUCCAGAACCCACACGAGGCCCAGAAUGCAGAGCAGGAGGAAGGACACAACUGGCGGAAGAGAGAAGCGCUACGCCACAAUUUACCCACCAAAGGUCACAUUCCACAUCUCAACGAGGUUAAUCGGGUUCAGCCGUGGUUCCAUGGGGGCUUGUCUCGUGCUGAAGCUGAAAAGCUAUUGGAGGAGCAGGGUCAGGUGGACGGGAUGUUUUUGAUUCGUGACAGUAACAUGCACACUAUGUGCUUUGUGUUGUCCUUGUGUUAUAAAAUGAAGACCAAACACUACAUCAUCGUUCCCUUGGUGGAGGAGGGAGGAAUCGUAUGCACUAUGGAUGAAGGCCUCACACUGUUUACGGAUCUGCUGCAGUUGGUGGAGUUUUACCAGAUCAACCGCGGCAUCUUGCCUGUUUGUCUCAAACACCCCUGCACUCGCAUUGCACUUUCUGAACCUAAAACUGAGACCUAACUGACCCAGAACCAGUUUCUGGACCAUUAAAGUUUUCAGUUUAUGACUCACAGUGGAUGUCAGGACACUCCGCAGUGUUAAUAUUUAUAUUUUAUAUACUAAUAAUCACCUGUAGCGCACUUUUGGGUUUGUACGGGUCUUUAAUGUCGGUUAUUCAACCAAAAAUACUCUAAUAGUUUUUUGUACAGUUCGUUUACAAGCUAUUUUGUAUGCAUCAUCCUUUUAUCCAGAUCCUGGAUUUUUUUUUGUUCUACACUGGAAAGUGCACAAGCACGUGGGAAUUCCCUGCUCUUCCUUCCUUCAACACUAGGUGGCGCACUGGCGCUUUGAAUAGCUGCACAUGACGAGGCCUGUCGAGGACUUCUCAAUUGUUCAUUUAUGCCAUAAACAUGCAGGGAUAUAUUAAUGCAUCUUAGAAGUUGCAGAAGAAGAAAGCGUCAAUGUAGCAGAUUUAUUUUUAUUAAUAUUAUUUUUAUGUUUUUUUUUUUUGCUCAACACUGUGUAAUUUAUGGGUUCUUAUUUUAUAAUACAGAUAUUUGAGAUAAUAGAUGGCAGUUAAUAUUUGCUUUAUUCUGUAUUUUCUAUUUGUUUUCUCUAUUUUUAUUGUUGUUUAGUACUUUUUCCAGAUGGUUGACAGACAGUUGUGAUUAUUUGUAUGUAGUUUAAUUAUGAUCAUGACCCCAAAUUAAAGUAAAGAUAAAUAAGUAAA